AUGUCCAUGUCGGGUCUUGCGCCCUCAAAUGUGGUCAUUAUACACCCGGAUCUAGGUAUCGGCGGUGCAGAGCGACUCAUCAUCGAUGCUGCGCUCGCCUUGCAGAGUCGCGGCCACCGCGUGACGAUCUACACCUCGCACCGCGACAAGUCGCACUGCUUCGAGGAGGCACGCGAUGGCACUCUAGAUGUUCGCGUCCGUGGCAACACGAUUUUCCCUGCCCAUGUAUUUGGGCGGCUUCAUAUUCUCAUGGCCGCUUUGCGCCAGCUCCAUUUGACCGUUUCGUUGUUAAUCGAGCUUGGCUCGAGAAAUAAGCCUAGCCCAACCACGAAGAAGAACAAGACAACGGGCGAUGAUGACGAUCGCGAUGAUAUCUUCAUUGUUGAUCAGCUUCCGGCCUGCGUGCCGAUUCUCAAAACCUUCGGUCAACCCCACAAGUCCCGACUUCAACGCAUCCUAUUCUACUGCCAUUUCCCCGAUCAAUUGCUUGCGCGACGAGACGAGCGAAACCUAAUCAUCCGGUUGACGAAACUUAUCUACCGGUUCCCUUUUGAUUGGUUUGAGGGUUGGGCUAUGAGCGCGUCCGAUCGGGUGGUUGCGAAUUCAAAUUUCUCUAAGGGUGUCGUACGCGAUGUAUUCGGAUCGGAGCGACUGGGCGACGUCGAAGUUGUCUAUCCCUGCGUGGACACGACUCCUUCUGCGGUACCUUCUGAGCAAGAGAUUGGUGAUGCACUCUGGGGUGGCAAGAAGAUCCUGCUGAGUAUCAACCGCUUCGAGCGGAAAAAGGACAUGGCUUUGGCUAUCCGCGCCUAUUACGGACUGGGCAAAGAAAAGAGAGUUGGGACUCGGUUGGUAAUUGCUGGCGGUUACGACAAUCGUGUUCAGGAAAACUUUCAAUACCACCAGGAACUUGAUAACCUAGCGACCAGUCUCGGACUGAAAACAGCAACAUCAAAGACUGUGGUAUCUGCGCUCUCCAUCCCUGAUGAGAUCGACGUACUCUUCCUCCUCUCCGUGCCUACUACCUUUAAAAAUACUCUACUCGCCCAGUCAAAGCUUCUGCUUUAUACUCCGAUCAACGAACAUUUUGGAAUCGUUCCUGUGGAAGCGAUGCUGGCAGGGCUUCCUGUACUGGCCUCAAAUACUGGUGGUCCAUUAGAGACAAUUGUUGAAGGCAAAACCGGCUGGCUCCGUGAUGCACAUGCUGAUAGCGAAUGGACGGCGGUCAUGGAUAAAGUUCUUUAUGGGAUGAGCCAGGCAGAGGUUGAUCAAAUGGCUGCUGCUGGCAAGGCUCGCGCAGAACGAGAAUUUUCGUUGACAGCAAUGGGUGGUAGACUGGAGGACGAGAUCUCGACGAUGCUCGCUACUGAAAGACGCCCCUUCCACGGAUGGCAGCAAGUUACCCUCGCGCUGGCUCUUUUUGGAUCUUUCCUGGCCGUGGCUACUUCAUUUUUGCUUCGCUCGUUAGAAAUCAUAUAA